GCCGCCCUCCUGGAGCGGGCCCUGGUCUACCUGCUGCACGCCGGGCAUCAUCAUCAUCAUCAUCAUCAGCGCCUGGAGGAGGCCCCCGCCGGCUUCGACGCCCACCUGCACCGGGGCCACGUCCAGGAGACCUUCGCCGCCCUGCGCCGCGCCUACCGCCAGGCCGAGGAGGAAGAGGAGGAAGGGGGACCCCCUUUGCCCAGCCAGGCCCGCUUCCAAGCCCUCUUCCUCCUCUAUCACCUGGGCUCAACAGAAGCUCUCUGGCAGACCCUUCAGCUCCCGGAGGAAGUCCGAACCUCCCCUGAACUCCGCACGGCCCUGGCAAUCAACUGGGCUUUCCUGGAGCGCAAUUUUGCCCGCUUCUUCCGCCUGGCUCGGGCACUGCCCUAUUUGCCCAGCUGUGCCCUCCAUCAGCACCUGGGCAGCGUCCGUCGCUUGGCCCUGAUGACCUUCAGCUCUGGGUUCAGUGCCCGGAACUGCCGUUACCCUUUGUCUCGUCUGGCCCGGCUGCUCGCCAUGGAUGACCUCGAGGAGGCCACGGAACUGUGCCGGGCCCAUGGGCUGGUCGUGACGGAAGGGAGUGUCGUCUUCCAGAAGAGCUCCUUCAAGGACUGCAGCCCGCGGACGGCCAGGACGGACGGCCUGCUUGUGGAAGGGAAGCGGGAGAAAGUUACUCUUCUGGAGUUCUCAGAGAAGAUCUGCAGUUGACUUUUGGGCAAAGAGUGUGGAGGACCUGGCCUCCACAUAGCUCUCCUCCUGCUUUUAUGGCUAUGGGUUUCUCCCCUUACGCAGCCAAGCUGUGGUUGGCGAAAUAAGGUUGGGAGAGGAGAGUGUACGUUUUCGUACAGGUGCUGUUUAAAUGUGCAUCAGCCACUUCCCCCACCGUCAUCACGAGAACGAAAGCAACCAUGAAUUCAUCGAAAUUUAAUUUUGGAUGAGGAAAAAAAAGGGGGUUGGCUGAAAAAGUUCCCACUAGUGGGUUUUGUCCUGUUCUGGAGGUCCCAAUAUCUCAUUCUUAGUUUUAAAAACAUACAUGUAUUUUUGGCCACUAGGGAGCAGGAGGAAAUUUUAGGAUUUUAAACAAUGUAUUUUUGUAAACGGACGUGGUGGCGCUGUGGGUUAAACAGCAGAAGCCUCUGUGCUGCAAGGUUGGAAAGACCAGCCAUCGUA